AUGUGGUACCGGCGGGCCCGCUUCCCCGCGGAGCAGGGUGCCGGGUGGUCCCGGCAGGGGAGGCGGCGCGGCCACGGCUCCGCGGGCAACUUUGGGCAAGGCCCCCGGGAGCGGCGGGGAGAGCGGGCUGCGGCGGAGGAGGAGGAGGACGACGAGGAGGAGGAAGAAGAGGAGGAAGAAGGGGAGCCCCGCGACCCGCCGCCGCCCCCGCACCACGAAUGGACCUAUGAGGAGCAGUUCAAGCAGCUGUAUGAACUGGAUGAGGACCCAAAACGCAAGGAGUUCCUGGAUGACCUCUUUGGCUUCAUGCAGAAGAGAGGGACGCCAGUGAACCGCAUCCCCAUCAUGGCCAAGCAAGUGCUGGAUCUGUACACACUGUACCAGCUGGUGACAGACAAGGGUGGCCUGGUCGAAGUCAUCAACAAGAAGAUCUGGCGGGAGAUCACCAAGGGCCUCAACCUACCUACCUCCAUCACCAGCGCUGCCUUCACCCUCCGCACACAAUACAUGAAGUACCUGUAUCCCUACGAAUGUGAGAAGCGAGCGCUCAGCUCUCCUGGAGAGCUCCAAGCUGCCAUCGACAGCAACCGUCGGGAGGGACGGAGGCAGACUUUUGGCACAGCACUCUUCAACUACUCGCCAGCCAGCACCCCAGCCCUGCUGGGCACUCCCAAAAUGCCUCUGCCAGCUCUUAGCAUCUCCACACACAGCUGUGGCCAGCUCAGCCAAGUGCACAGUGUUAAGAAAGAGGACGGAAUGCUGGCAGCAUCAGUGCCGGGGCGCAUUGCUAUCCCAGUGGGACUGGCCGGCCACCAUCUCACAGCAGCCCAAGCAGCAGCUGCCUCCCAGGCAGUGGUGCUGGAGCAGCUGCGGGAGAAGCUGGAGACAGGGGAGCCCCCGGAGAAGAAGGUGGCCCUGACAGUGGAGGAGCAGCAGCGGCUGGUGCAACACGCGCUUCAGCACAACCUCCUGGCCAUGGCCUCCCAGUUCCCCAUGAACGUCAAGAUCUCCAGUCGAGAUGACAGACAGGAGACUGCAUUGAACCUGUCCACCAACAGCAUUAGCAGUAUCAACAUGUCAAUAGAAAUAAAUGGAGUUGUCUACACAGGUGUCCUGUUUGCCCGCCGGCCCUCAGCCACCCUGGCACCCGGUGGAGGGAGCACCCAGACGCGUCCAAACCCCAUGCCUGCCCCAAACCCCCUGCUCCCAGCCUCCUCUCAAAGCCACACUCCCACUAGCGCCUCACCGUAAGGCAGCUGUACCCCCUCCCUGAAAGCAGAGUCUGGGGGGCUGAGCUGUGGGACCCAGCUGGGCCACCAGGGUGGGAUGGAGACCCAAAGGUGCCUCUUGCUGCAAUACUGAGCUUUGUCCAUGCAAGGCUGUGAACACCCAUGCUGGCCCUUCUGUUCCUUCAUCCCCACACACACACACGCAUUCCUUCCCAAAGCACCACCCCCAGGUGAUCCCCCCCAUACAUCUCCUGCUGCCCUGAUGCCUGGGGGCCCCCAGGACCUGCAUGCUGCAUCCCCUACAUCCUGCAGCCCCCAACCCACCUCAAUGCACGCACUACUGCCCCUGUACGCACAUCAAAGCAUACACUGCAUCCCCUGCACACACUCUUGGUGCCCACAUUGCCUCUCCAUACACACCCUCCAUGCAAACACCGCAGGCACCAUACUCUGCACCCCCUAUUAAUCGUAGCCCCUGUAUACUGCAGCCCCUAUAUAUAUACUGCACCCCCUACCCACUGCAGAUGCCCCUACCCAGCUCUCCUGCGCUGCCUGGGCUUGCUGCUCCUGCCCUGAGACACCCCCAGGGUGGUGGUAUCUCAG